AUGGGUACAACUUGUUCCACUGAAAAAUUUAAGAUUUCCCCAACUGCAUCUACUUGUGAACUAUUAAGUUGUGAGCAUCCUCUCAUCUUGGUGGCUCAUUAAUGCAAUUAAAAUAUUGAUUUAAUAGGAGAGUUAGAGACCGCACCGAUUCCAGUGUAAAAUUAUUGCAAGAAACUUAAAGAUUCUAGUUAAGUACUCAAACCGGCAUUGGAAAGGUUGGAGAAUGAGGAACAAAAUUUUCUUAAGAUCUGGAACUUGAUUGUUUCAAUAUUAAAGAAUGUUUCAUCUCUCAUAAAAGCUGCCUUGUAGGACCCUUUAUUUAUUGAAUAUCUUCCGAUUAUCUCUUAUAACCUUGAAGAAUAGUAAAAAGAUUUAGAGAUGCUGAUUAACCAAAAGAGAGGAUAAUAAUAGAUCAAAAGAGCAUAAUCUCACAUAAUAUAGAGCAAAGUUAUAAGAAUAAGCAAGAGACAUUAAACUGAUAAGAUUUGA